AUGGACGAGACCAAGGCUGAAGAGAACACCAAGCCAAACUUCGCGCCCAAUGACGAGAUCACACUCGAGCUCCAGUCGCUCUACACCAACUUUCAGAAGUGUCUUGAUCUCCGUGAAAAGUACAUGAAGGUCUCAUGCCAGCGCGUCGGAGAUAACCCCAGCGACAAGGACGACUGGGAGAUCUACCCUCCUCCUCCACCUCCUUCCUGGCCCAUUACCGAGCAUAAGGGUCGAGUGACUGACGGACCUGAUAGCAUCGGUAGCGAUUUCAUCCACGAGGAGGCUAAGAUCCCUGGAUCCUGCGACUAUGUCUUUGAGAUGGACGACACUGGUAUCUAUCAGGUGUUCGCGAACCAGGAGGACUUUGAGAAGAAGCAGCCCAUUGUUCAGGUGCCAACUCCUAAGGAAUACUUUGUCGACCUCGAUUUCGUCCUCUCGGUCAUCUCGGACGGCCCUACUAAGAGCUUCGCAUUCAGACGUCUCAAGUACCUCGAGAGCAAAUGGAACAUGUACAUUCUCCUAAACGAGUACGAGGAGUUGGCUGAGGCCAAGCGUGUGCCUCAUCGUGAUUUCUACAACGUGCGUAAGGUCGACACUCACGUUCAUCAUAGUUCCUGUAUGAACCAGAAGCAUUUACUCCGCUUCAUCAAGUCAAAGAUGCGCAAGACCCCGAAAGACGUGGUCAUUUUCCGUGACGGCAAGGACCUAACCCUCGAGGAGGUGUUCAAGAGUUUGAACCUGACAGCGUACGACCUCAGCAUCGAUACCAUGGAUAUGCACGCCCAUAAAGAUUCAUUCCACCGUUUCGACAAAUUCAACUUGAAGUACAACCCAAUCGGCGAGUCGCGUCUCCGUGAAAUCUUUAUGAAGACAGAUAACAAGAUCAAGGGCCGCUACUUGGCUGACAUCACCAAGGAGGUCAUCUCAGAUUUGGAGCAGAGCAAGUACCAGAUGGCCGAGUACCGUAUCUCGAUCUACGGCCGCAGCGAGUCCGAGUGGGACAAGUUGGCCGACUGGGUGGUCGACAACAAGCUGUUCUCGCCCAACGUUAGAUGGUUGAUCCAGGUGCCUCGUCUCUACAAUGUCUAUAAGGCGACCAACUCGGCCGAGAACUUUGAGCAGGUGAUCGUGAACAUCUUCAAGCCCUUGUUCGAGGUGUCGAAGGACCCAACAAGCCAUCCCAACUUACACAUCUUCCUUCAGCGCGUCAUCGGAUUCGACUCUGUGGACGACGAAUCCAAGGCCGAGCGUCGUAUUUACAAGAAGUACCCGUACCCUCGUGCGUGGAACACGGCGAUGAAUCCUCCUUACAGCUACUAUAUUUACUACAUGUUUGCCAACAUGACGAGUCUCAACCGCUUCCGCCAGAAGCGCGGCUUUAACACAUUUGUGUUAAGACCCCACUGUGGCGAAGCCGGUGACACGGACCAUUUGACCUCAGCCUUCCUGACUUCGUUCGGUAUCUCUCACGGAAUCCUCCUUCGAAAGGUCCCGGCUUUGCAGUAUCUGUUCUACCUGACCCAGAUGGGUAUUGCCAUGUCACCAUUGUCCAACAACGCCCUGUUUCUCGACUAUGAGAGAAACCCGUUCCCGGUAUUCUUCCAUCGUGGACUCAAUGUUAGUUUGAGUACAGAUGAUCCUCUGCAGUUCCACUUUACCAAGGAGCCGCUUAUCGAGGAGUACAGCGUUGCUGCUCAGAUCUGGAAGCUGUCAGGGGCAGACAUGUGCGAGAUCUCGCGCAACUCCGUCCGCCAUUCUGGUUUUGAGAACAAGGUCAAGAAACACUGGAUCGGCAAGAAAUGGUACCUUCCCGGUGUCCAGGGCAACGAUAUGGAGAAGACCAACGUCCCCAACAUCCGGGUCGCCUUCCGGUACGAGACCCUGCGUGAGGAGCUCGAUAUGCUCCAGCGAUACUCCCAGCUGGCGCACCCGCCGACGUUCACAACCUCGAACCACGAUCUGAGCAAGCGCAUGGCAUCAACUGUGCCCUCGCCUGCGAUGUUUGCGCAUAAUAUCAACAGUGCCUAUGGUGGUUCGCUAAUGAUGCCAAAUUCGCCUUUUGCGCUCAGUCCACAGAGCACUUUGGGCUUUGGAGCAGGCGAUGUUAGUGAUAUGAACUUGGUUCAGACCCAUCCCCAUUUGCCGAACACGUCGAUCGAGACAGUGCUCGAGAAAGGUGGGGUGCACCAUACGAAUGUAAUGACGGUCGCUCAUCAACUGGGUAUGCUGUCCGUCGUGGCCGGAGUCUCGGAGAUGGCGGAGCGUGCGGCUGCCAAGAAGCGAGAGAGGCUUCGUCUGGCUGCGGAGCAAAAGAUUGACGAGAAGGAUGAACAGAAGGGCGAUGCUUAA